GCAUCGCACCUUUUCUUUCGAUUCAGGCAGUCUCUGCAGUAAAUUGGAGCGUAAAGAAGAAGUAAUCCUCAACAAAUUAACAAGCAUCGUUAUCUUUCUAUUGCCUAUUUUAAUAUUCACAUCAAUGGAAUCAGUUAAUAAUUGACUAGUAAUUGAUAAUCGCCUUUGUUAUGAAUUUUUGUCUGGUCUUCACGGGUUUAACCUCAAUCACCGGCCUCUUUCACUGUAUAUUUACGCAAACUAGCGACAUAAUUUUUUAGGGUUAAGUCACCGAUGAAGGGGCGAAUCGGGCGAAUAGACUGGAGUAGACUGCACAGGAUGGUUGGUGAAUUUUUUAUCGACUCUAUGAAGUGAUCCAGAAGUUUUUUUACGGAGUCUUGAGUGAUGGGUCUUUGAACAUUCAAAUUAUGGAAAUUCAACAGUGAAGCGUUUCUUUCGACUUUUCUAUGGGUAAAUUAAGGAAUUCAUCUGACUUUUGAGUAAAAUGAGCGGAAGUAUCGAUAACCUCGGGAAAAUUACACCUUCAAGGAAGUCGAGAUGUGCUGAGAGAUCACAAUUUUCGGCGACUGCCAAUCAGAGUACUCCAGGAUCCUUGAAUGAUCGUGUGGUCAUCGACAAACAGGGAUUAACAGUAGCAAGAACAGUGAAGACAAAAGGACACAAAACCACUCCAAAAAUGCCAAAAACCCCAUCAACAAAUCCCGAGUCUGAAAAUCAAUUUGAACGGAAAAAACGCUCCUCAGUAUUAACUGAAAAUAAGAGCAAUUGGCCUGGGACAUUCCGAGAACAGACGAAAGCUUCGUUGAAGCAGAGCCUGCACCAAAUGAAUGGGGGGCCGAGGGGCUCAAAGACUGCACGACCAUUGGCAGGAGAUUACAGGGAACCUAGAAGAGUCAGACGUGAUGCUCCAUCGGUGAACCCCUCAGCCACGUCUGUUGCGAGUAGAGAGAGUACAGAGUCUGUUAUUGUGAUCGAUAAAGGGGUGCAAUGUGGGGGAUUGUUUGACUCUUCUAAUAAUCAUUUUAAUUUAUUGAAUCCAAUUCCAACAAUCGCUUUUCUCAUGAAGGAGCUCGAAAGUUUAGUCAAGGAUGAGAAGUCCAGUGCGAUUUUGUACCAGAUGGAACAAGCAUUGUUGAGAAUACCUAAAGAUACUGGAAAAUCAAGUCCUGACGAUCUAGAGAUGAUCCUAAAAUAUACCCAACUAGAAGCCAGCGUAACUCAACUAGCAGCUGCAGGUAAAGAAAUGCAGACCACUUUGGAAGCAUCUCGAAAGGAAAAAGCCAUUCUUCAACAGCAGCUUGAAGAGAAGUCUCUCCACCUCGAGUCCUCCCUUCGUCGAGAGGCUGAGCUCGAGGCUAUCCUGAAAGACCUCCGCCAGAAACUCACCGACUCUUCAAAGCUAGACCUCACAAAUAAAAAACUGCUCAGCGAUCUCAAAGAGAAAAAUGAAAAGAUCCAACUCCUCCAGAACAUCACAACAGAACUAAAAACUGAACUCAACGAACAGACAGAACUCGCGCAACAGCGUUUCCUCGACUCUCAAUUCCUCAAAAUGGAGAAGGAAAAAUUGUCUGUAAUGUCUUCGUUCAAGGAUUCCCAACUGAUCGAACAUCGAAAGGCUAUGAAAAAUCUCCAGCACCUAAUCGGAGAUCAAUUGAUCAACAUCACGAAAACUUCAAGACCUGAAAACUUGACUCUCAACGCAGACGGGUAUGUAUCCCACAUGAUGAGUGGUGGGAGGGUUUCGUCGUCUCCAGUUCGUUCCUCAAACAACUCAGUUAUUGUGAUGAGAAAUGUUGGACAUGAUGUCGUCGAUGUCUCAGAGCCCUCGAUCUCCACGAUAGACGUGACGAGUCCGCCCACAAUGAUUAAUAAAAAUUUAUCGUCACAGUUGGAGACUCUCAUAAAUGAGUCUGGGAACCAAACAGAGAAAUUUAAGGAGAAAACGCACUUAGAAUUUACUUCAAUUGGAGGCGAUGACGGGUCACACAUUGGUUCAAUCCUGAAACCUAGUGAAGAUGAAUUUAUUUACGUUGUUCCUGAGGGCAUUCGUGAUGGUAAUUGUGAUGAAGUUGAGCAAGGGGAGAGUGAGGUGAAAAGGUCGAGGGGAAGACUGUCCCUGGAUGGGAGGGUGGACUGGAGCAAAGGGAUCAAGGAAAUCGAAAUGAUGUAUCAGAAUACGAGGAUUAAUAGUAAGGUUGAAGUGAGGGUGCCCAGCCCGCCUAGAAAUUAUCCCCAUCCCGACUGGAGUGAUAGCUCGCUGCCAACUAUGAGCAUCUCGGAAUCCAAUUUGGUAUAAUUAGGUAGUAGAGAGCAGAGAGAUUUUUAGGGGGUUUCAUUCUGAUUUAUCUUAUUUAUAUUUUUAGGGGUAUUUAUUUGUUUCGCAGAAAAGAUUAUUUGCAUGGAGAGUUUACUCUUGACGGGUUAAUUUGAUUUUGGGGGAGGAGAGAGAGGGGGUUGAGAGGAAUUAAUUUAGAGAGUGAUUGAUUCAUUUCAAGACUGAGGGUAAAUGGCAAAUAAACUCGGGUAUGUCAGAAUUUUCGUUAGGACUCAUUCAUCUCAAUUUUCUGGAAAAACACGUCCGAGGCGAAAUUUAAAAAGAGCUCACUCAUUAUCCCUGAUUGAAUUGAAUUAGUGCCAAAGGAUCGACGUCAAUUAUUACGAAUUAUUCUUGAAAUUUACAUGAAAUUUACGACGGUUGAAAUUUAAAGUCGUCUUAUUACAUUAUCAACUUACCAUACUGUUGCUGUACGAAUUUAGUGUUUUGUAAGGGUCUCAUAAUUUUUCAGGAAUAAUAAUAGAAUAAAAGAAUUUCUGAGUUUCAUGAAAUCCCUGCGGAAUUGAUAUCAUAUAGACAGUAUUUAAUCAGUAUUGAUGAAAUGGACCUUUCAAAUUUUGCAAUAGUGAAAACGUAUUACUCCCAGAAAGUUGAGAUAAAUUAUUUCUACCAGGAAUUCUGGAACACCAGAAUUUAUUUGGAAAGUGUGGAAUACCUUUGUAUUAGAAAAAAUUUAAUGGCGUCUGAAAUGUUGAAAUAGUUUUCCAAUAAACCCGCCAGAUCCCGAGAUGUUUCCAAAAUAAUCUCAACAAAAUGUCCUUUUUGCUCAUUCUCUUCGCGAGAAUCAACGAACUAAAUAAAUCAAUCAUCAAAUUUA